CGCAAUUACAGCGUUUGAACUGUAUCCAUGGAUGCCGAAAAGGCCACCGAGAGCAAUCACAUUCAAUUCCAAAAUAUGGACGAUAAUCCCAAGGAUCAUGUCUCCAGAGUCCCAGCUGCUUUUUUAGACUUAACGCCAGACGAAAGAAGGUGACGGGAGAAGAGUCUCGUCAAAAGGAUUGACACCCGGUUGCUUAUUGUGAUGUUGAUCAUGUAUAUCCUAAAUUACUUGGAUCGCAACAAUAUUGCAGCAGCAAAGUUAUCCCUUCGAACCUGAUUCUCAAUAAACCAGGCAAGCCUUCGAUUUAUUUACCGGGAUGUAUGGUAGUGUGGGCUGUCAUCCCGUGUUGCACUGCGGCCACAACAGACUAUGCUGGCCUGCUAGUUGUUCGAUUGUCCCUAGGAUUCUGUGAGGCGGCAUACUUUCCCGGCUGUCUUUAUCUCCUAUCAGCCCGGUAUACAAGGAAGGAGUUGGUGAAACGGACCGAAUUGUUGUACUCGGGUUUAUUGCUCUCUGGCGCUUUCUCGGGAUCGAUGUCCGCCGGUAUCAUAAAUGGCCGGAACGGCGCACGAGGCAUCGCAGCAUGGAGGUGGCUUUUUAUUAUUGAAGGAUCCGGAUUGGUCUCUGUGGCUCUGAUUCCCUUUUUUUAUUGUUUCUGACAUGCCCAUAAUAACAUCGUGGUUGACUGAGGAUGAAAAGGUGCUUGCAGCCUGGAGGCUUGAAUAAAAUAUUGGGGGAGACGAUUGGGUAGAUAGUGAGCAGCAAACUAUAUUCCAGGGUGCAAAACUGGCUAUCGAACCUAGAUUUUCCCUACUAGGCUGCCCAAUGCCUGCUCAACAAGGGAUGCGGCGAUAUGCCCGUGCCUUCGUUGAUUGUGCAGGAAGUCGGUGAUAUGGAUCAUAUCCAGUACGCGCGGGUAAGAGACAUCAUUGUACCAACACAACUUUUGUCGAUCAGUCCUGCACAUUUCCGCGGCGUUUCAAUGAUUUCCUCGAUGAGGACUCGAAGGAGCGAGCUGAUAGAGAGACGGAUAUCUUCGUGCAAGCCUUAUCU